GUGAGGAAACUGAUCACCGUAAUGAUGAGACUCCGUUUUUGAAUCCUGACAAAAGUCAGAGUGAAUCAGAGGCAGAUCCUCCAGCUAGCACGUGUACCAGCUCGUUAGAUGAGGAAAUGGACUGUGAGCGUUUUGUGGGACCAGAACCAAACAUCUCUCAUGAAUCUGAUAGCAAAGAUCAAAAAGGAGUAAAACGUAGUUUAACAUCAACCAAGGAGCCACAACAGCAGAUUCUGGGUCCUCCAGGUGAGAAGACAUUUUUGUGCGAAACAUGUGGAAAAUAUUUCCAACAUAAAGAAAACUUGUCUGCCCACGUUAGAACAGCCCACAAGGUUGAUCAACCACAUUCCUGCAUCACCUGUGGCAAAACAUUCACUCAUGCAUCAAGUUUGAAGAAUCACACAAGAAUCCAUUCUGGGGAGAAGCCAUAUUCCUGCAUCACCUGUGGCAAAACAUUCACUUGGCCAGAAAGUUUGAAGAAUCACACAAGAAUCCAUACUGGGGAGAAGCCAUAUUCCUGCAUCACCUGUGGCAAAACAUUCACUGUUGCAUCAAAUUUGAAGUCUCACACAAGAAUUCAUACUGGGGAGAAGCCAUAUUCUUGCAUCACCUGUGGCAAAACAUUCACUCAGCCAGCAAGUUUGAGGAAUCACAAAAGAAUCCAUACUGGGGAGAAGCCAUAUUCCUGCAUCACCUGUGGGAAAACAUUCACUCAGGCUGCAGGUUUGAGUACUCACACAAUAAUCCAUACUGGGGAGAAGCCAUAUUCCUGCAUCACCUGUGGGAAAACAUUCACUCACACAGCAAGUUUGAAGAAUCACACAAGAAUCCAUACUGGGGAGAAGCCAUAUUCCUGCAUCACCUGUGGCAAAACAUUCACUCGGCCAGAACGUUUGAAGUCUCACACAAGAAUCCAUACUGGGGAGAAGCCAUAUUCCUGCAUCACCUGUGGCAAAACAUUCACUCGGCCAGAACGUUUGAAGACUCACAUACGAAUCCAUACUGGGGAGAAGCCAUAUUCUUGCCUCACCUGUGGGAAAACAUUCACUCAGGCUGCAAAUUUGAGUACUCAUAUGAGAAUCCAUACGGGGGAGAAGCCAUAUUCCUGCAUCACCUGUGGCCAAACAUUCACUCGGCCAGAAAGUUUGAAGUAUCACACAAUAAUUCAUACUGGGAAGAAGCCAUAUUCCUGCAUCACCUGUGGCAAAACAUUCAUUCGGCCACAACAUUUGAAGUCUCACACAAGAAUUCAUACUGGGGAGAAGCCAUAUUCUUGCAUCACCUGUGGGAAAUCAUUCACUCAAGCAUCAAGUUUGAAGAAUCACACAAGAAUCCAUACUGGGGAGAAGCCAUAUUUCUGCAUCACCUGUGGCAAAACAUUCACUCAGGCUGCAAGUUUGAGUACUCAUCUGAGAAUCCAUACGGGGGAGAAGCCAUAUUCCUGCAUCACCUGUGGGAAAACAUUCACUAUUGCAUCACAUUUGAAGUCUCACACAAGAAUCCAUACUGGGGAGAAGCCAUAAUCCUGUAAAAUAUGUGAAAGAUGUUUCAGAAGUUCUGGUAUCUUAAUUGUCCAUGUGAGAAAAAUUCACACAGGUGAGAAGACAUUUUUGUGCAAAACAUGUGGAAAAGAUUUCAAAUGUAGUAAAACCUUUAAAGUCCACAUGAAAGUUCACACUGGGGAAAGACUGUAUUCUUGCAACACCUGUGGCAAAACAUUCACUAGUGCAUCAAAUUUGAAGUAUCACACAAGAAUCCAUACUGGGGAGAAGCCAUAUUCCUGCAUCACUUGUGGCAAAACAUUCACUCGGCCAACACAUUUGAAGAAUCACACAAGAAUCCAUACUGGGGAGAAGCCAUAUUCCUGCAUCACCUGUGGGAAAAGAUUCACUCGGCCAACACAUUUAAAGUAUCACACAAGAAUCCAUACUGGGGAGAAGCCAUAUUCCUGCAUCACCUGUGGCAAAACAUUCACUCAGCCAGAACAUUUGAAGUCUCACACAAGAAUCCAUACUGGGGAGAAGCCAUAUUCCUGCAUCACCUGUGGGAAAACAUUCACUCAGCCAACAAGUUGGAAGUAUCACAGAAGAAUUCAUACUGGGGAGAAGCUGUAUUCCUGCAUCACCUGUGGGAAAACAUUCACUAAUGGAUCACAUUUCAGGACUCAUAUAAGAAUCCAUUCUGGGGAUAAGCCACAUUCCUGCAACACCUGUGGGAAAACAUUCACUCAGACUGCAAAAUUGAGUACUCAUAUGAAAAUUCAUACUGGGGAGAAGCCGUAUUCCUGCAUCACCUGUGGCAAAACAUUCACUCAGAAAGCAAGUUUGAAGAUUCACACAAGAAUUCAUACUGGGGAGAAGCCAUAUUCCUGCAUCACCUGUGGGAAAACAUUCACUACUGCAUCACAUUUGAGGACUCAUAUAAGAAUUCAUACUGGGGAGAAGCCAUAUUUCUGCACAACCUGUGGGAAAACAUUCACUACUGCAUCAAAUUUGAAGUCUCACACAAGAAUCCAUACUGGGGAGAAGCCAUAAUCCUGUAAAAUAUGUGAAAGAUGUUUCAGAAGUUCUUGUAUCACCAAUGUGAGACAAAUCCACAAGGAUGAAACGUCAUAGAUGCAACUCCUGUGAUGAAAUAUUCUGAGCAAUUUCUAGAAUUAUUUAGAUUGUACUUCAGCAAAAAAUAAGAUGUUGUUGUUCCUUCAUGUUAAUAAGCUGUUAGUUACAUGUUUUGGGGGAAUUUACUACUAAAAUCUUUCAAACAACUUGGUUUACAAAUUGAGUGAUGUGGAAUAUUUCAAUAAAAAUUUCGGAAGAAGAGAAGGAUUUGUUUCUAGGUUUAUCUAAUAAAACAGUCUUGAUGAGUGAUCAAAGUUACAAAAGUCCAUUUAGUGCUUGCUAGCAGGAGAUCAAAUACACAAGCAUGUAUUACGGUGCUUUGUGAAGAUGGCGUCUAUUUAAGGUAGUUCCUACCAUCCAAUUCUAUUUAAAGAAGAGUUAGAUGAAGAAGAAUAAGAGGGACAGAACAAGAAGCUGCAAUUCUGUUCUGCUAUUGGAAGAGAAAGAGAUGGUGCGUCACGUCUGGGCCAUGAUCAAAAAGAUGAGUAGAAAAGGGAAAGUUGCAAUCCCGGUGUUAAUAGAUGGAGAAGUCUGGGCAAUUACAAAUAAGGAGAAAGCAGCACUACUGGCCGCAAGGCCUACAAAUAAACCAAAACAAAGAAGUUCAGAAAUAAAGUUAUGUGUAAUAAUGUGAAAUGACACAGGGAAAAAGUAUUGAACACGCUUACUGAUAUUUAUUCAAUACUUUGUACAAAAGCC